AUGUGGCACAGACUAAAAGAACCAGAAACUAAUAAAAUUUAUUUUUAUAAUGAUGAGACAAAAGAAAAAACGUAUAUUCGACCAAAUGAUGGGUUUAGACUCUAUCAUAUACUAAUUAAACACAUCAAUUCAAGAAAUCCAAAUGACAGAAGUGAAGUAGAGGCUUUAAAUCUUAUAAAUAAACUUUACUUAGAUUUACAGCAAAAUAUCAAUAUUGAAAAUUUUAGGGAAUAUUUUAAAGCAAAGGCUAUGGUAGUUUCUGAAUGUAAAUCUAAAUCUAAGGGUGGUGAUUUGGGAUUCGUAUGUAAAAAUGAGAUGUACAAAGAAUUUGAAAAAGCAGCUUUUAUGCUAAAACGUGGUAGACUAGUAGGGCCUGUUAAAACACCAUCUGGUUUUCAUAUAAUUUACCGAAGAUAA